CCGGGACCGGUGACUCCCUCUGUCCGUCUCCGAGCCCCGCGGGCCCUGCCCCCCAGGAUGCGGAUCUCACACUUUCUGGCUUGCGGACUUUCACUGGCCCUGCUGUCCGUCCGGCUGGAGGCGAGACCCGCGGCGCAGCCCCAGCAGAAGCCCCCACGGAGCGCGCCGGGACACGAGCUGGCGGACAGCCUGGCCGCGGGCCCCGAGCGAGGGGAGACGGCGGGCGGUGGCGGCGGCGGCCGGGGCUCGGGCUCGCGGCUGCUGCGGGAGCUGCGCGCGGACACCAAGUCCCGGGCCGCCUGGGCCCGGCUGCUGCGCGACUACCCCGGCAAGCGGCGGCACAAGGGCGUCAGCAAGAAGGGCCUGUCCAAGGGCUGCUUCGGCCUCAAGCUGGACCGGAUCGGCUCCAUGAGCGGCCUGGGCUGCUAGAGCGGCGACACCUGGCGGCGGGCUUUGAAUACAUUCCCCACCCCCAUGGCCAUGCCUGGCCACUCCCCAGCCGACACCUAGAGGAGCAGAGAACACCGGAAAUGGGACAGACGACGUGGUUGUGUUUUUCUUUUCGGUACGAGGAGUCAUGGCACCAGCUGUUUUGGUUUUCUUAUUUUUUAAGAUUAAAAAGUUCUCUCUAUCUUAUAUAUUGUAUAUUCUAUACAAACACUCACCAGGACAAAGGACAGUGCUUUUCCAAAAGACUGAUGAAGCCAGCUGUAUAACAUUGCUGUUUGAAAACCCAUGUCAUGCAUAAAUGUAUUUAUGUUGUAAAGCUAUUUAUAUAUUGUUUAUAAAGAGAUAUUUAUAAAAAUUUUAUUUAUGGAACUAAAUGA